UCAGACUUGACGAAGAAUAUGCGGUGGUGUGCGGAUAAGAAAGGCAUGGCAACAAUGUGUGCUUGUUUUGCAGGAACUAGACGAGUAGCAGACACUGGAUUCACGUUCUCGUUUCCAGUAGCUCCUUCCAAGCAGAGAGUUUGCUUGGUUGUGGCAGCAGCAACCGAUGAUGGUGGUGCGAAUUCGACAAAGAGCGAUGAGACCUCAUCGCCACCAGCUGCUGCUACCCCGCCGAAGCCUUCCAUGAAAAAAGGCCAAAUCGUGAGAGUCGACAAGGAGAAGUAUCUCAACAGCAUAAAUUAUCUAUCAGUCGGGCACCCCACGUACUACAAAGGCCUGGAUUACAUCUACGAGGAUAGGGGAGAGAUUUUGGACAUAAGACAGUUCGAAACUGGUGAAUAUGCACUGAUUGCUUGGGCUGGAAUACCAACUUCUCCUGCUUGGCUUCCAACUGAUAUGCUGAUAAAAUCCGAAAAGCUGUCCUACAGAAGAACUUAGAAGGUAUAACACAUGCAUUAAAUUGAAGACCUCCCACUUCUUGAAAGAUCCAACCAAAUUGAAGAAGAGCACCAUUUGCAAA